GUGAGGUUGUGGACGUCCCAGCUCCGCUCCCUCCCACGGGCUGCACAGCUGAAGACACGGCUCUGGACAGGCUGGUUUGCUGCCAUGAUCCCUAGGCUACUCCCACUGCUCUGUCUCAGGUUCCUGCCUUCUACAUCCAGGGUGAAUUGGCGGAGGCCAGUGGGGGGAGAUGUUCAGGAACUGUAACACCAGCUUGACAGAAAUGCAAGAACCUGUCCAUGAUAGAGGCUGCGAAUCCAGGGGUCUGUGGACGUUUGUGAAGCCAGGAGAGCCCCUGGAGUGGCAGGGCUGUGCGCUGGCCAAGGAAGCAGGGGGACUGACGGGUAAUGUUAUUUUGGACUUUUCACGAUCACCGGCUUCCAAGGAGGGCCUGGCUGAAUUUCACCUCACUGACCUAAGAAGCAGCCAUGCUGGAGACUACACCUGUGAGUGCUACAGACCAGGGGCCCCGGACAUAAGAUCACCGCCCAGUGAGGUCAUCCUGCUGCUGGUGACAGGAGGUCUCCCUAAACCUUCCCUGCAAGCCCACCAAAGGGGUGUGGUGACCGCAGGAGACGACGUGACCCUGCAGUGCCAGAGGCCAGACAAUAUUUUCGGGCCCAUGAGGUUCGCCCUGCUGAAGGCGGGAGUGGCAGAGCCCAUCAGGCUCCGGACCCCAGCCGGCAAGGAGGCGGACUUCUCCCUGCAGACUGUGACAGUCGGUGACGCUGGGAACUACAGCUGUGUCUACUUCCAGACCGGGACUCCUUUCUGGGCCUCACAGCCUAGUGAUCGUCUUGAGAUCCGGGUGAGAGUCCCCCCAGGUGCCAUAUCGAGGGACUACACCACGGGCAACCUCAUCCGCCUGGGUCUGGCUGCCCUAGUUGUGGUUAUUAUGGGCGCUCUCCUGCUGGAAGCCUGGUGCAGCCAGAAGGAGUCUCCACGUGGAUCCACGUAGAACAACUGAGCACUUGUCUUGUUCACGGGCUGGUGUGUACUACCCACAUGCCCCAGGGCUUCCCAGGGAAUGACGAGUGCAGAUGGAGAGACCUGCCGAUCCUUAACAGUCCUGUGGAACCUACAUUCUUAGCUCUAUGAAGAACUACUCAAGGACGAGGCUUACCUCUUGCCAUAGCUUUGCCUGGGGCAGAGCACAGAAUGGAUCUUAAAGACACACUCAAAAAAUUUGGAUGAUUUGAAAAAAAUACUUAAAACUUCAGAGUCUGGCUGGGUAGCACGUGCAGUUACCUCCAUAGGAACUGUGAUGCCAUUGAUAUUUAGGGAAAACACUGCUUCCGGCAUAUUAUCGACUCCCCUCCAUUCUCUAUUUUGUACUUCAGGACCAGCAAUUAGUCAAGUGUGAAACUUUCUUUAUCCUAUGUGUCUUUUCAAUUUUAUUUCAUAGAUUCUCCACAUUUUGCCUAAUUUUGGGAGGCUCCCUCUCAACUUCAUAGCAUCAAGUUGCUUCUGAGUUGUACCCAGGAUUUCUUCAUCGUCUGGUGCAGGUGUAAAAAGGUUAUCCACAAUAUUUUCACCUUCACGAUCUGUUGCUGUUUGUUCAUAAUCCUGUUCUCUGUCACAAAUACUCAUUCUUAUUUUAGAACUAUUGUCUCCUCUCUUAAAACCCGGGAGAUACGCUUAUAAAAAUCCAGUUCUGGGGUCGCCUGGGUGGCUCCGGCAGGCAUCGUGACUGUUGACUGCAGUUCAGGUCAUGAUAUCAGGUUCAUGAGAUCAAGUCCCACACCGGGCUCUGCACUGAGUGUGUAGCCUGCUUAAGUUUCUCUCUUUGUCCCCCUCUGCCCAUCUC